AUGGCUGGACGGCGCCUCGCGUUCUACUCUCCGUCGACUCCUGUGUCUGGACGCGAUGGACCUGUGUCGGGAAGUCCGCAGACUGACAAGAAAAAACUGCUGUCUGCUCUCAGUGAGUUGUCUCGUCAGAUUGCAGAGCUGACUACGUUCAUAACCGACAGAUUCAACUCUAUGGACGACAGAUUCAACACUGUGGAAGACAGAUUGACUGCUUUGGAGGGACUUGCCUGCAAGACAUAUUACAAAACCUUACGCAGGAGCUACAGGUACCAGCAGCCUGAUCUUUCGUUGCAGGCGGAAGCAAUGAAGAAGUCGGCUCGUAGUCACUCCAGAAGAAAGAGGCUGUUUGACGCGAGACGAGGUGUCCUUGCUAUGGACGAGAUGGAUGUAUGGCAGUGUGCUACCGUAGACCUGAUGUCGGAUGAGGAAGAUGGGGUGGUGGAUGGGGUGUCUGGGUGGAUCGUUAAGCCUCCGCCGUCCCGUAACCCGGAGCUCAGCGAACUCUGUGCUACACUGCAAUCAAGGCUUGAGGCAGAUCCGAAGUACAGGGCAACCCACCACAGACGACUGCAUGUCAGUCCGAUGCCACCUGCUCCCCACAGCACAGAGACCGCAAGCAUGCACUUCACGAAGCUGUAG